AUGUGGACGUCGAUCAACUUUCUCUCCCUGCAUUAUGCAUGGAUUAUCACCCUCAGCAUUCUGAGCUUGGCUAUAAUCUACCCUUAUGGUAAUUUGAAAGCUAUCGAUGCUUAUUUCUUCGGUGCCAGCGCGUCAACUGAGUCAGGUCUGAAUACUGUCGACGUCAAAGAUCUGAAGACCUACCAACAGUUAUAUAUAUAUUUAAUCCCGAUAUUAGGGAAUUUGGGAUUCAUCAACAUAAUUGUGGUUGUUUUUCGUGUUCGAUGGUUUGAAAAACAUCUCAAAGCAACUGCACCCCAUCUUCUGAAGCCUGAGAUACUUCCUGGACAAGACGCAGAGGCGCAAUACAAGCAUGAAGGCACUUUGAGCAGCGCCAUCGAAGAAGCCCCAAGCGACCAAUUUGGGAACCACACGACAGACGGCCUGAAAGAGAAUAAGGAUUAUGAUGAAGGCCAGGAAAAAGCCCCAAGGUUAAUCUCCAAAGAAUGGCUCGUUGUAGUGGAUACUGACUUGGGCACAAGAGUUUCCCAGGAAGCAAAGGCGAAAGCCGAUGAAGUAGCUGACUUGGAUAGCAAUUCGGGAAAGCCAGUCAUUCAUUUUGCCGAUGAAUCCUUUUCCGACCAGGAUAAAGCUCUGUAUAUCCCACCGCCGUGGAAACGUGAUCAAGGCACUUCUUUUUCUGAAACCGAUGGCAGGAUCGAUGACGAUGAUGGACAACCAGAGAAGGUUACUCGUCGACAAACUACCAGGAGCAUGACUUCACCUCGCACUCUUGAACGUGUUGUAACCUCCCUCUUCGUCCUGGGAAGCUCUCCUAGCGUUCAAAAGAACCAAAAGGAAACGCCGCAUGACAUGAAGCAGCUCAAUUUGCCAAAUAUCUCUUCACACGCCACACUUGGCCGGAACUCCCAAUUUCACAAUCUCUCUGCUGAAGAUCGAGAAAGACUCGGCGGGAUUGAAUAUCGAAGUUUGAAGCUCCUUUUAAAGAUUGUGGUAGGGUAUUUCUUUGGUCUACAUCUCUUUGGUGCAAUCUGUCUGGUUGGAUGGAUUCUUCAUGCAGAUCCAAAAUACCGUGAUUAUCUUGCCGAAUGUGGGCAAGGUAGUGUUUGGUGGGGAUUUUAUUCCGCUCAGACGAUGAUCGACAAUCUUGGCUUCACUCUGACACCAGAUUCAAUGAUCUCCUUUCAAGAUGCGACUUUCCCAAUGCUUCUCAUGAGUUUCCUUGCAUUUGCCGGGAAUACUUGUUAUCCAUGUCUUCUUCGACUUAUCAUCUGGACCAUGUCCAAAGUUUGCCAUUCGAAAUCUUCGCUCAAAGACCCACUCAAUUUCCUGCUUGACCAUCCGCGACGGUGCUAUACGCUGCUUUUCCCAAGUCGGCCAACAUGGAUUCUCUUCGGAAUCUUGUUCCUCAUGAAUUUGAUUGAUGUCAUUCUCAUCCUUGUGCUGGACUUGAACAAUCCUGCCGUUAAUAAUCUCGCUCCUGGUCCUCGAGUUCUGGCUGCUAUUUUCCAAGCAGCAUCGGCGCGUCAUACAGGUGCAUCGACUUUCAACUUGGCUGACGUGAAUCCAGCCGUCCAAUUCAGCUUGGUCGUCAUGAUGUACAUUGCAGUCUUCCCAAUCGCUAUUAGUAUAAGAGCCUCCAACGUUUACGAAGAAAGGACGUUGGGUAUAUAUGGCAAUAAGACUGAAAUCGAUGAGAGUGAUGGCCGGUCUUAUAUCAUCAACCACAUCCAAAACCAACUGAGCUUUGACUUGUGGUACAUCUUCCUCGGCUGCUUUUGCAUCUGUAUCGCCGAGGCCGGUAAGAUCGCCGAUACGUCAAUUCCGGCCUUUUCUGUGUUCUCAGUGUUAUUCGAAGUGGUCUCAGCAUAUGGCAAUGUUGGGCUCAGUCUUGGAUAUCCUACCGUUUCGACUUCUCUUUGUGGAGAGUUCACCGUUUUCAGCAAGCUAGUCGUAUGCGUGAUGAUGAUUAGGGGCCGCCAUCGUGGACUGCCUUACAAGCUCGAUCGUGCUAUUGUUCUCCCAGGUGAGCGCCUAGAAGAGGACCACCAAGAUCGGGACGAGGCUCAAGCCCAGCGAAGACUGAAGGAAAAGUCCCAGGCAAAUUACUAG